CCAUAAGCUAAGCAGGUCGUGUCACAUCCUGCGACCUGCGCAGCUCCUCAAUCUGCGGCUGCAACCUCGAAACCCAGCCACAACACGCAGUAAUAAAGUUGCCGACUUCUCAAAUCCUCACCACCGCCGAGGCGUACUGGCUUCCGGCAAACCGCCUCUUAGUGAUCUUUGAUCACAUACAGUUGACUUUCGAGUCCGAACGCAGCUGGAAUUUGCUGGCGCCUGGGCUUGGAUAUCACAAUCGUUUGCAGUACUGCGCCAUCCUGAAAUCGCCCGCAAAUGUCGGAAUCAACUGCUGAUGACGAGAUCCAGUAUCCCUCAAGGUUCGGGUUACGCGACGUCGUCGGCUGCGGAACCACGGGCAUGGUUGUUCUGGACAAGUCCCGUCGUCCAACACUGUUGUCAAGGUGCCCUUUGACCAUCACAACAAGGAGUGCCUUCUCCGCAUGCAGCGAGAGCGUUGAGGUUUACGAAAGAUUUGCGCAACGCGGCGGCCAUAAGGGGCUCUCGUCUUACCACGGCGUCUUUGAGUCAGGCAUCCGGCUGGAGUACGCCCCCCAUCACAACCUGCGCUUACACCUUGAAGACAGCGGCGCUGGUGCUGCGCAGCGACUACAAUGGGCCAUUCAGGUUGCAGAGGCUAUCCAGUUUGUCCACGACGCAGGCGUCAUCCAUGGCGACUUGACUUGUGCCAACAUCUUCUUGGAUAUGUAACUGCCUCAACGCCAGGGUGGCCGACUUUGCCGGGUCGUCAAAUGAUGGCUCACCACUGCUGGUUGUAGUCACCGAAAGCCACGAGUUCCCAGGGUCUCCCCUCUCACUCUAAGCCGAUCUAUUUGCACUCGGCAGUGUGCUGUACGAAUCAUGACCGGGCACUCUCCUUAUAAAGACUUGGACGGCACAGAGAUCCGCGCCCUGUAUGUGGAUCGGAAGUUCCCUGAGACGGCAUCUCUUGGUGAAAUUGGGACAGUUAUCGACCAGUGCUGGCAAGGCAAGUAUUCCGGGGCGGAAGCAGUUGUUGAGAGACUUAAGGAGGUA